AUGUCGAACACCGACUUCCUAGGACGCGCAAUCGAGUCCGUCAAGAAAGCAAUCGAAUUCGACACAAACGGCGACUAUGAAAAAGCGUACCAGGGCUACUACGCAGCACUCGAGCUGUUCAUGCUGGCGCUCAAAUGGGAGAAGAACGCCAAGUCAAAGGAGAUGAUACGGCAGAAAGCAGGCGAAUACAUGGAGCGAGCGGAGAAGCUGAAAAACCAUCUAUCAGAACAGGAAGGCAAGCGGAAACCCGCGGCGAUGGGUGCUAACGGCAAGGCAUCGAACGGAGCGGGGAAGGGCGAAGAUAAGGACGACGAUCAAGAUCCGGAGAGUAAGAAGCUGAGGGGGGCGCUGGCGGGUGCGAUUCUGACGGAUAAGCCGAAUAUCAAGUGGGAGGAUGUGGCGGGUUUGGAGGGAGCGAAAGAGGCGCUGAAGGAGGCGGUUAUAUUACCCAUCAAGUUCCCGCAUUUGUUUACUGGCAAGCGGCAGCCGUGGAAGGGGAUAUUGCUGUAUGGACCGCCUGGAACAGGGAAAUCAUACUUGGCGAAGGCGGUUGCGACCGAGGCGAACAGCACGUUCUUCAGUGUCAGUUCGUCGGAUCUGGUGUCGAAGUGGAUGGGUGAAUCAGAACGACUCGUCAAGCAACUCUUCAACCUGGCCCGCGAGAACAAACCCUCGAUCAUCUUCAUCGACGAAAUCGACGCGCUGUGUGGACCUCGAGGCGAAGGCGAAUCAGAAGCGUCAAGACGUAUCAAGACCGAAUUGCUUGUACAAAUGGACGGUGUGGGUAGGGACAGCAAAGGCGUGCUCAUUCUCGGCGCAACGAACAUCCCUUGGCAACUCGACGCAGCCAUUCGAAGACGUUUCCAACGAAGAGUGCACAUCUCGCUCCCUGACCAGCCUGCGCGAAUGAAGAUGUUUGAACUUGCGGUUGGAUCGACACCUUGCGAGCUUAAAGCGGAUGAUUACAGAACACUAGCAAAAUACUCGGAAGGCUACUCCGGAAGCGACAUCUCCAUUGCGGUACAAGAUGCGUUGAUGCAGCCUGUGCGGAAGAUUCAGACGGCGACACACUACAAAAAGGUCGAAGUUGAUGGCAAAGAAAUGCUCACCCCUUGCUCACCCGGCGACGAAGGCGCCAUGGAAAUGAACUGGACACAAGUCGAAACCGACCAACUCCUCGAGCCACCUUUGCAAGUAAAGGACUUCAUCAAAGCCAUCAAGGGCGCACGACCGACGGUCAGCGGAGAGGAUCUCAAGAGGAACGAGGAAUGGACCAAGGAAUUCGGUAGUGAGGGUGCGUGA